GAUGCUUCUUGUGACAUGCUUCGUGGGUUUUCUUCACCAGUGCAGUGUGAGAAACACAGAUUGAAGAAGAUGAGUGAGCUGGAACAGUUACGGCAGGAGGCAGAGCAGCUGCGAAAUCAAAUCAGAGAUGCAAGAAAAGCAUGUAGUGACACAACUCUUGCUCAGAUCACAACAAGUCUGGACUCAGUGGGUCGAAUUCAAAUGCGAACAAGGCGUACGCUUAGAGGUCACUUAGCCAAAAUCUAUGCUAUGCACUGGGGAUCUGACUCAAGGCUACUAGUCAGUGCUUCUCAGGAUGGAAAAUUAAUUAUUUGGGAUAGUUAUACGACAAAUAAGAUGCACGCCAUUCCUUUGAGAUCCUCCUGGGUGAUGACUUGCGCGUAUGCACCUUCUGGCAACUAUGUCGCUUGUGGUGGAUUAGACAACAUCUGUUCCAUAUACAACCUAAAAACCAGAGAGGGCAAUGUGAGAGUGAGCCGAGAGCUGCCGGGACAUACAGGAUACUUGUCCUGUUGUCGCUUUCUAGAUGACAACCAAAUUGUCACCAGCUCAGGAGACACCACUUGCGCUCUGUGGGAUAUUGAAACUGGUCAGCAGACCACCACAUUUACUGGGCAUACUGGCGAUGUGAUGAGUCUCUCUCUAAGUCCAGAUAUGAGGACUUUUGUCUCGGGUGCCUGUGAUGCCUCCUCAAAGCUUUGGGAUAUUCGCGAUGGAAUGUGCAGGCAGUCAUUCACAGGGCACGUGUCAGAUAUUAAUGCGGUUUGUUUUUUCCCGAAUGGACAUGCAUUCGCCACUGGUUCUGAUGAUGCCACUUGCCGACUCUUUGACCUACGUGCAGAUCAGGAACUAAUGAUGUAUUCACAUGACAACAUCAUCUGUGGAAUCACUUCUGUAGCCUUCUCAAAAAGUGGUCGCCUUUUGCUAGCAGGUUACGAUGACUUCAACUGCAAUGUGUGGGAUACUCUGAAAGGGGAAAGAGCAGGUGUCCUUGCUGGCCAUGACAACCGUGUCAGCUGUUUAGGUGUUACUGAUGACGGCAUGGCUGUAGCUACAGGGUCUUGGGACAGUUUUCUCAGAAUCUGGAAUUAACUGGGAGCCAAACAUGUACAUUCUCCAUUUGAGAUCUGGAGAGAUCAAUGCUGCAGCCUAUAGCUGUGAAAUAACAUUUCUACCUUGUAUUUGCAGGUGAAGUUUUUCUAUUCACUGAUUAUUACACAAAAAGGCUUUCUGUAAACUAUAAAAAAAAUCAAGUGAAGAAAUAGGGGAGGGGGGAAGAAAUCACUGACUUUUUAAAAGGGGCCAGCACACAUAAUCAUGGUGACCGACAAACUAAGAGCCAGUCUUUUUGUUUUUGGUGGUUUGGUUAGAUUGUCCUUGAAGGGUUUUUGCUUGUGCUCAGAGUCUGCUAAUCCUGUACUUUUUUUGUACAUAACAGAAUAUACACAUUAUAGCAGCCAAUCAUGUAACAUUUGUCUGUAUGUAAAGAAAUAUGUUUGCAUUUUUUAAGGAACUACAUUUAUAGCUUUGCUUUUAACCUGAGAUGUCACUUCUGAGUUUUGUAGUGGAUGAACUAGAUUGCUGUUUUAAAUGUUUUUGUGAAUUUACUGUAGAUAAAGUGAAGCCAAUGGUAUGUAUGUGUUUUUAUAAUGGAAGGCAUUUGAAUUUUUUUUUUUUAAAGGCCCUGGAGAGACUCCCAGUUAAGACCUAGCGCCUUAUUCAUUCACUUCUUGACCUGCUUGCCUAUUUAAUCAUGGGGGUUAUUCCUUCAAGCCAGUGGUUCCUGGUUCAUCCAUUGGCAGUCGCGGCCUCCAAACACCAAGGAGUUAAUGCCAGGCAGAUUUGCAACAACAGCGCAAAAAAAAAAAAAAAAAAGUCCAGUUCCAGAAGUAUUAGCUUCCUUACUGCAGCUUUUCACAUAAGUUAUUCCAUAGAGUCCUUGGGUAUGGAAGCCAAGUGACCCGCAUCGCUGUCACUAAGUGGCUGAGUGCUUUUCCGUUUGACAAUUCAGCUCUAAAUGAGGUAGUUUUGGCCCGUCACUAACUCUAGUUGAUUUGCACUAACAAAAUGAUUUGCCAUGAUAUUUAGUGCGCAGAAAGCAGUGUAUUUGCAAAGCUUGCUCUGCAAUUACUACAAUAAAUUGAGAUAUUCAAGAGGACUUCACUUAGAAUUCUUAAAGAGUUAAAAUGUGCAGUUAAUUAUGUGUAAUCCCCUUCAGACUGGGGGAUUGCCGACACAUACCACAACCAAACGUGCUUGUUGUCAGUUAUGUGCAGUGUGAAUUAUAAAAGGAAUUGUGUAACUUACAGUGAACCAAAUAACUUUACUUAACCUGUGUGACCCUUUAAAAUUUUGUACUAUAAUCUUAGUGAUUUGCUUGUUCUCUUAUGGUCACAGUAGUCUGUGCCAUGGCAGCUUAUUAGAUGCUAAUCGUUCUUCAUUCUGACACUGUAAAUAGCCAUUUCCUCUCCUGGUCCUCAUUUAUUCUGAUUUUGAUGUCAGUUGCUUAUGAAUGAUAGGUUCUGAUCAAGUACACUUGAGUGUAGAUAUAGGAAAAAUCAAGUGAUUCAUGCUGUUUCAAACUACCCAGGAAGACCGCGUAACUCUUUGGUGCCUGGCAGCAUGCCUGUGCUUGCAAUGGAUGUUCUCUUGGGAAUCGGAAAGUCUGGGGUGGUUUUGGAAAGGGGAAUUAAGUCUAUUGGCUUCUCUUAAGUGACUUAUUUUAAAUAAGCGUAUUUUAAAUUAUCAGGUUGGAAGAUAAUGUUAAUCUGCUGUCAUCUAAAGGUGUGGGGAGUCUGGGUAUCUUUGGGUCAGGUAGUAAAUAUAAGUGCCCAGUAUUUUUUAAUAUACCAAAACAGAUUUGUUGCCGAGACCACUAUUUGUCAAAUUUCUGACAUUUGUAAUCUUAAAUUUCAGUACUUCCAGACUGUGCCUGUAAACUUGCCAUGUCUACGAUGGUUAAGGUGCCAAUAAACGUACCAAUCGCAGUAAAUUCACUUUUUUUUUAAAAGCACAUCUUGUGCUAGAAAAGUAUACAUUUACUAACAGCAGACUGUGGUGUAGGACCAAAAUCACUUGACAUUGUAUGUCACAGGAAUUCCUCAGCAUUUGGCUUUGUUUUAUGAUCUGUCCGCAUUAACAGAACUAUUUACGUAAGUAAUACUUGCUACUCUUUCAAGUGAGCAGCUCUUUGGGAUCUUGCAGAUCUGUUUAUUUUUUAGUGGUACACUUGAUUUUUUUUUCUUCUUCUUUUUUUUUUUUUUUUUUUAACUUCACAGCUGCCUUGAGUGAUUCAUUCUGAAAAUUUGUUACUAAGGAAUUUUAAGAAAAUGUUCUUUUCUAAAAAAACAAAAAAAAUCUUUUUUCCAUAAAAGUGUGUUUCGAACCAAUUUCCUAGUCAACACUGUUGCAAAGACAGGUUGCCCUUUUUACACUCUGGUAUUAAAACUAGUUUCUACCUGUGAAACUCCAAAAAUGAUUUUACAAAUGUAUAUAACUUCUUUUCUUAAAAGUUCAGGUAGACCAUAAACAUGGUAAUGCCUCUCAUACAGGUAUUAUUGCAAAUAAUUUCACUAUCAUUGUUUGAUGGGCAAUCGUCUGUUGGAUUCAGCUGCUUUUAAAAUAACUAAUAAGGAAUGCCAUCUACUUGCUAAUGAGGUUUUGAAAAGCAUCAUGCAAGUAUCUGCCAGCUUUUGCCAUUUGGUGACCAGUUUUUGUAGUGCUGCAGGUCCUGAGGUGGCUCCUUUGUGUUGGUGCACAAGGAAACGUCCAAGAGAUCCAGCUGUGGAAAUAAUAUCUGAUGCUUCUGAGGAGCUUGCAGAAAGCUUGUGAUAGAUCCUGCCAAGGUGAUACUUGCUGUCUAGUUACUGGCCUGUAAACAGUUCAGAAAACACAUUAAAAAAAAAAAAAAAAAAGCCUAUGGAAUUAGUGCAACACACUUAUUAUAUCAGGGGGCAAAUAAUGAGCUUGCAAAGGCUGUGUAUUUUCCUUUUUUAAACAGCUAUCCAUGACCUUUGAUGUACUCACUAAAAUGGAAGCAAUUUAAUGGUGAAAGCUCCAACUCCCUCUUUCUAUCAUGAAGAUAUUAAUGAAAAUCACCCUUUGUAGGUUGCACUUGAAAGGUUUCAGCCUAGCUUUGCAUCUGAAAAAUGGUGUAUGCCUAUAGUUUAACAUAGGCUUAAGUAGGCAGCUUAGUGUCGUUUCUAACUGUUCACCAUGACAGCAAAUUCAUUUUAUAUGACGUAGAGGAUUUUGCAGCACUCGUGGGUAUAUCUUAAACUGUCCUAAAAUCUUUGUUGCCAAACUACAGCAUUACCUGAAUUUCCAAUAACUUAUGUAAUUACAGAACUAUAGUAACUAUAUGACUAUUGUGCCAAAACAAUUGGUGGCAAAGUAGCUCCUCCCAGCCUCUUUUACAAAAGUAAAUCAGUUAUAGCUUGGGAAGUGGAACUGCAUGCUUUGUAUAGCAAGACAUAUUUUAUUCAGGUACAGUUUGUUUUUUGGUGUUUUUUUGUUUUGUUUUCUUUUUUUUUUUUUGGUCAGACUCUCUUAUGUUGCUUUAACUUUGUAAUAGAAGAUACUAAUGAGGCAAGCACCCAGCUUUUGGGUGUAUUCUCAUGUACACUCAGCCUUCUAUUUAUUGUUAGAUAUAUUGGUUGAGGUUUGGGAAACCACAAAAAGCUCCUAUAUGGCAUCUUGCUAAUGUAUACUCACUUUCAGUACAGUAAUGUGGGCCUGUUUCCAUCGUGUCCAGACUCUUUUUCUUCCAAACAUUGCUAUCAUCUGCCUUGUGCUAAAUUGCAGAUGCUUAAUAGUUCUGGCAGAUCUGAUAGUUCAAUAUACCAUUUGAAAUAGGAACAUGGAUUAAAUAGGCUUUUCCCCCUGCCUAAGGAGAGGGUCUGACCCUGACUUGGCAAAGCUGAAUUGACGUAACAGCUGGUCCUAGUGUGCUUACUUGUAAUGCAUGGAUUGGAAAUAGUUAACUCUUUAAUUCAGUUAGUGUAACCGCUUGUCCCACAAUGAAGUUCACAUUAUGUUAAGGUGGAAUGAAAACAUUGUGAAAACAUUCCAAGAGUGCUUAGUCUUUCCUCUCUGAGGACACUGUCACCUCCACUAGGUUUAGUGCUGUGCUUUAAGAUGUUGGUGAGAGUAAGUAUUGGCUAAUUCAAAUAGUUGGUAUAAAUGGUUGUGUAGCAGAAUGACUGAUUUUUUUUUUGAGAUAGCAUUUCCUGUAAAAGUAAUUAAGCAUGGGUUGAUGGUGCACUUUGUAUACAGUAACCUGGCAUGCAUGCUGGUAAAACUACUUCCUACACUUCAGAGGCACCACAAGCCUUCUUAUCCAAUUGCUGGUUAUGUAAAAUACAUGCAGAAUGUUAAUGCAGUGUUGUUAUGGUAAAUGUGUGAACAGUGUUACUAAUUGAUAUAACUGAUAACAGAUUACAUGUGCCUGACAUUCUUAUACCACACAGUAUGUUUAGGUUUUAACUAAUACGGACUUCAGUGGAAUAGUCUUAGAUAUUUCAAGCCUUUGUUUUACUUACACAAUGGUGCUCUAUUUGUGUUUUUCUCCUUUUUUUUUUUUUUUAAAUAAAAGCAUCUGAACACUUGCAGUACAUAUUACAUCCAAAGGAGUCCAAAACAAAAUGCUUCUAAACAUGCUUGAUUUUACUUUGCCUUUACUUUCCAGCAUUUCUCAUCAUAUUUUUUUUCUUUUUUUUACUUGUUGCUGACUACUUUGGAAAACUUCAGUAAUGUUAUCAAUUAUGAAGUGAUUCUGCACUGCCUUUGGAUUGUGUAUGUAUUCAGAAACAGUCUUAAAGCUUUUAUUUAAGCUAUUAAAAAAACCAGGGACUUGUGCCAUUUGUUCUUUAACAGUGCUGUUGUAAAAAGACUUCCCUGUGAAAAAAAAAUCAUUUGCUAUGAACUCUGUUUAUAGCUUUUUUUUUUUUUCCACGAUGGAUCUUUUCUUUGUAUUUGUACAGUGGCUCAGUGAAAGAUGUUGCCAUGAGUUGAUAUUGUAACCAAUAAACAAGUGCUUUUAACCAGA